AAACCAAGAACCGAAACCGAUUAACCGAGAAACAAUAAAAACCAAACGACCAUUUCGUCUCCGGCCAAAAAAGAUGAUAGAGCUCAUCUCUUUGCAUUGAUUCCAGAGACUUUGAGCCUAAUCCUCCUUCAUCAUCAAGCCAAGUCUCAAAGAUCUGUGUGUAGAUCGGUUCAGAGAAUGAGUCAGAAGGGAUUGAUAUACAGCUUUGUUGCCAAAGGAACAGUCGUACUAGCCGAGCAUACUCCUUACUCUGGAAACUUUAGCACCAUUGCUGUUCAAUGUCUUCAGAAGCUUCCCACUAACUCCAGCAAGUAUACUUACUCCUGCGAUGGCCACACCUUCAAUUUCCUCGUUGACAAUGGUUUUGUGUUUCUUGUGGUUGCUGAUGAGUCCACCGGAAGAAGUGUUCCUUAUGUGUUUCUUGAGCGUGUUAAGGAGGAUUUCAAGAAACGGUAUGGGGCGAGUAUAAAGAACGAUGAGCCACACCCUCUUGCUGAUGAUGAUGACGAAGACGAUGAUUUGUUUGGUGAUCGGUUUUGUAUUGCGUACAAUCUUGACAGGGAGUUCGGGCCAAUACUUAAGGAGCAUAUGCAGUAUUGCAUGAGCCAUCCUGAAGAGAUGAGCAAACUUUCAAAGUUGAAGGCCCAAAUAACUGAUGUCAAGGGGAUUAUGAUGGACAACAUAGAGAAGGUUCUGGACAGGGGAGAGAAGAUAGAGCUUCUGGUUGACAAAAGCGAGAACCUACAGUUCCAAGCAGAUAGCUUCCAGAGACAAGGGAGGCAGCUAAGAAGGAAGAUGUGGAUACAGAGCCUGCAGAUGAAGCUGAUGGUGGGAGGUGCGAUUCUCUCCUUUAUUCUUAUCGUUUGGGUUGUUGCUUGUGGAGGUUUCAAAUGUUCGUCAUGAUGUUUGGUUUCUUUUGUAUCUGUUUGAUCAUCAUUCAUCACCUUGUUUACGCACGUAAUACACAUGCUCAUGUUUGUAAAUGUUGGAACUUGUAAUAACAUAUCAUCAUCAUUAUUGCCACAAGCUA